CUCUCUCCCACUCUGUAGGAAAAAAAAAAAAAAAAACACCCCUAUAAAUAUUCAAGCGCUUCUGGGUAUGGAGGCUCUGAGCUUUUUCACCUGGCCAAAUCAAAACCCUAAAUUAGGGUUUCAGAGUGUCUGACCUUGAAUGUGGGAAUUUAUAGCAGUUGAGGCAUUGGCUCUUGUGAAGAAAAUGCAAUGAGAUGGGUGGGGGUGGAGGUGGAGGAGGUUGCGGAGAAAUGGGCACAGCCAAGGCUUGGAGGUACAGCACAUUUUCGGCGAAGCUGGCUUUGGAGCAGCAGCAUAAGCAUGUGUGCUGGAGGUCGCAGAAGAGGCCGAUCUCGUGGUCGAUCCUCUGCGGUUUGAUGUUGUUUUGUUUGGGUUUGAUUUCGCUCUUCACUGGACAUGUGGCUUCUGAUCUUGAAUGGUACUCGCAGCGCUUGGUCAAGCGGAGUUUAUACUCCAAACUGGAUAUGGGUCGUCGUGCAUCAAUUAAUAUUUGGAAAUCAGAGUCUUCAAAGUUCUACUAUGGAUGCAGUAAAAAAGGCCGUCAUUUUGCUUCUGCUGUACGCGAGAAGUCGUCAAAUGGCUAUUUGCUUAUUGCAGCAAGUGGAGGGCUGAACCAACAAAGAACAGGAAUAACUGAUGCUGUAGUAGUUGCUCGGAUUCUUAAUGCUACAUUAAUUGUACCAGAGUUGGAUCAUCAUUCCUUCUGGAAAGAUGAUAGUGACUUUGUCAACAUUUUUGAUGUUGAUUGGUUCAUUUCUUCCCUUGCAAAGGAUGUGACUAUUGUUAAAAGAGUUCCAGAUAAAGUCAUGAGAUCAAUGGAAAAACCUCCAUACACCAUGCGUGUACCAAGGAAAUCCACUCCUGAAUAUUAUCUGGAUCAAGUUCUGCCAAUACUCUUGAGGAGACGUGUUGUACAGUUGACAAAGUUUGAUUACAGGCUUGCAAAUAACAUUGAUGAAGAGCUGCAAAAGUUGCGUUGCCGGGUCAAUUAUCAUGCUUUAAGAUUCACAAAGCCCAUACAAGAACUGGGUCAGAAACUUGUGAUAAGAAUGCGAAAGAUGACAAAUCGUUUUAUUGCAGUUCACUUGAGGUUUGAAGCUGAUAUGCUAGCAUUUUCUGGAUGCUACUAUGGUGGGGGUGAAAAGGAGAGAUAUGAGCUUGGUGAAAUAAGGAAACGCUGGGCAACAUUACCUGAUCUAAGCCCUGAGGGGGAACGAAAGCGAGGAAAAUGUCCACUGACUCCUCAUGAGGUGGGUUUGAUGCUGCGGGCACUUGGCUUUGGAAAUGAAACAUAUCUCUAUGUUGCAUCAGGAGAAAUAUAUGGUGGAGAAGAGACUUUGCAGCCUCUCAGAGAACUUUUCCCAAACUUCUAUACAAAGGAGAUGCUUGCCAGUGAAGAACUCAAACCCUUCCUUCCCUACUCUUCUCGCCUUGCUGCCAUUGAUUACAUUGUCUCAGAUGAGAGCGAUGUGUUUGUCACCAAUAAUAACGGAAAUAUGGCCAAGAUUCUUGCAGGAAGAAGGAGGUACAUGGGGCAUAAGAGGACCAUCAGGCCAAAUGCAAAAAAGCUCAGUGCUUUGUUCAUGGCUUGGAAUAAGAUGGACUGGGAUACAUUUGCCAAGAAGGUAAGAUCAUACCAGAGAGGAUUCAUGGGAGAGCCAGAUGAGAUGAGAUCAGGAAGAGGCGAGUUCCAUGAAUUUCCAUAUUCUUGUGUCUGCCACAAACCAUUCAAAUACCCUGAUGAUGAAAACAAUAAUAACAAACAAGUUACUCUAGUCUCUAGAGCAUAUAUUGGAUCUGGAUCUGAAUGGGAGAAUAAAGGUUCAAACAGUUUGCAGAGACUAAAAGAAAACCCAGGAGAAGGACCAGUGACUUUAGGCGACACUAAGGAUGAUGGCUUUUUGGCAGACUGAAAAUCCUCAGGUAAUGCUGUGGCCAGAAUCUGUUUCCUUAUCUGAGUCAGUGUUGGCUCAGACAUUGAGGUUCCUGUGUGUUAAUGGUAGCACAAAAUUUUACUCAGCUGUGGCAUUUGAGUGAAGCCAGACCAAGAAGUGGACUCUGGUUUCGUUUAAUAUAUCUGGCUAGAUCACUGAAUCUGUGUAUAGAAAAGAAGGAAACUUCUACCCAGCUUCAAUUGUCUAUAAACAUUUUUGCUUAGUACAUAUCUAUGUAGGUAUGCCAAAAUAGCUUCUUUCUCGUUGAACAAACAAUUGGGAUGUUUUAUUUUAAUUUAUUUUUAAUUUUAAAUCAUAUUGGUGUUUCCGGAAAU